AUGCUGGGGGUGAUUCUGGAUUCGGAAGAGAGCCAACAACUCCCAGGCCAACAAGCGGCACCACCAAAUCCCGUUCCGCAACCACGAUGUGUGGGAGGUGAAUGGACAGGACCCGGCUCGGGCGGCUCCUGGGAGCGGCAGCCGGCCAGUCGACUGCGAUAUUUGAGACCCCUGAACUCAAAACCUCGUCGGCGGCGCAACGUCUUACGAGUCAACAAAGACCCAGAAGUCGGGGAAAGAGGCACAGAGUUGGUUGUCCCAGCUUGUUACGUGGUGGACAUUAGCACAUCUGGCACUCCGGGCCAGCACCUGGCCGCGUUCCGCAUGAAAUCGUUGCUCUGGAUGCAACAACUUCGGCCCGUUAACGGAGAUAGAAUCUACAAAUGA